AUGAGCAAAGAAGAAGCCACAAAGCGAAGAGCUUUCAAAAGGAUAAUAAGAGAACCACACGACCCAAUCACAAAGAGAGAUGGACGAAAAAGAUCAUUGAAACCCAGCACUUUUUGCUUCUAUUUCAUUGAUCUCUCUCCCUAAUUCAAUUCCUCAGUUGUUGAAAUUCCGAAAAUGCUGAUGGUAGAACCCGCCGUCGCCGCCGUCCGUUUCUCGGCCAGUAACUUCAACUCCACCCACCCCCGGUUUUCUCACUCCGCCAGCUUCUCAAUCCCUCGGAAUAAAUUUAGGAGAUUAACGACGGAGCAUGGCGGUGGAAGAAUAAGAACGGGUAAGGGAAAAUGUGGAAUUAAAGCAAGUACGAAAGAUCAGUCAAGUGCGGGUACUGGACCGGUGAAACAGAAUGCGAAGCCGUCCAGGUAUCAUCCGUUUGAAGACAUUUCGGAUUCAGAAACUGGGGAGAAUGAGGAAGCUCAACUUACGCCUGCUGAAACUUCUAAAACAAUCAUUGAGGUAAACAGCAAAGCAACACUCAUGUUUUCAGGUGUGGUCAACAAUGAAGUGCAUGAGAACAUUUUCUGGCCAGACUUGCCUUACAUAACUGAUGAACUUGGAAACAUCUACUUUCAAGUAAAGAAUGAUGAAGACAUCCUGCAAACUCUGACAGCUGAAGAAAAUGUCGUGCAAGUAAUUAUUGGCCUAGAUACCGCUGAAAUGCUAAGUGAGCUAGAGUCAUUUGGUCAAUCUGAAGUUGAUUAUGGCAUAGAUGAAUUUGACGACGAGGACAGUGAUAUUGAUGACGAAGAUGACCUCGAUGAAGAUGACGACGAUGAUGGUGAUGAAGAUGAAAGUGACUAUGACAAGGAUUGGGUUGCCAUUCUUGAUGAUGAAGAUCAGGAUGGGGAUUCUGACGGGUCAUUGGGAGACUGGGCUAAAUUAGAAACCAUGCGCUCUUCUCAUCCAAUGUAUUUUGCCAAAAAGAUUGCCGAGGUUGUGACAGAUGAUCCUAUAGAUUUUAUGGACCAGCCUCCUGCAGGUCUUGCUAUACAAGGCGUUCUAAGGCCGUCCUUCCUUGAAGAGCACACUACUAUUCAAAAGCAGAUAUCCGAACAUAGGCUGAGUGACGCUGACUUAAACCAGAUGGAAAAAGAUGAAGACCAUAAAGAAAAGGGCGGUAUUCAUAUAAAUGGCCACAAACAUGAGAGUGGAUCAUCACAAGAUAGUCCAAGCUGGGCAGAAUUGGAGAAGGAUGAGAACCUAGGAAAUGGAACUUCAUUUUACAAGCUAGAGAUGAUCAAAAUUCAGUUAAUUUCUUCCAAUGGGAAUCAGAUCUUUGUUGAGUUAGAUGAUUUUAGGAGAGCUAGGCCUGAUGCAAUAGCACAUUCAACUGCCAAAAUAAUAUCUCGGCUUAAAGCUGCUGGAGAGAAGACUACACAGGCUCUUAGAUCUCUCUGUUGGAGAUGCAAGGGAAUUCAGGUGGAGGAGGUGUCUCUGAUUGGUGUGGACAGCCUUGGUUUUGACUUGAGAGUUUGCUCUGGGACACAAGUCCAAACACUGCGGUUUUCAUUUAGGAAGCGGGCCUCGUCAGAGUAUAGUGCUGAAAGACAACUCAAUGAUCUACUGUUUCCCCGGAUCCACCACAAGUCGCGCCAAAAGAAAGAAAGUCACCAAGCUGAAUCAUGAAAAGCUAAGAGACAAAGGUCUAGUUAUUCUCUAGACUAGUUCUUGUUGUGCUUCUGACUCAGAAUUGUAUAUAGCAUGUAGUCAUUGUUUGAUCCACCCCAUCAUACUUAUUUCCGUUGAGAAUCAUAAUUACUCAGUGAUUACUUUAAUUUUAAUAUGAACUCGACUUUGUACAGCUUAAUUCCCCUGUUGAAGGAAUUUUGGUAAUAGUUA